CAUUUUCGUUUCCUCAUCCCAGCUCUGGAGCGGCAGCCAGAAGGGACCCAGGCCCAGCCAUGGCCUUCGAGGCCAUCCACCGCGGGCGAGCGACCCUCCUGGCCCAUCUCUCUGUGGAAAGUGAGCUGCUCCUGGAUGAGGUGGCCGCCCUGGGCAUCAUCACGGAGGAGGAGUACGAGGCGCUAGAGACCUGCGCCGAGCCCCGGGAGAAGGUCCGGCGCUUGCUGGUGAAGGUGCAGAGGAAGGGGGAGGACAGCUGCCAGCAGUUCCUGGAUUGCCUGCAAAGCCUUUUUCCAGACCUGCCCCCUGAUCUCUGGCCCCCGCAGCCCGGGUCCUCGCAUCACAGGGACAAAUCUCAAGAUCUGGCUGGGGCCUCCUCCUCAGAGGAGGGGCAGCCCCAGCAUCCAGAAGGAGCCCUACCUGGAGUGAGAAAUGAUCUGGAGAAGCCAGAAGAUGCCUUGCCCAUGGGGGACACUCCCUUGGAAGACCCAGAAAAUGUCUUAACCUCCAAGAGACGUGAUCUAGAGGAAGCAGGAAGCGAUUUGCCUCUUGAGAGAAAUGAGAGCGACCAUCCAAAAGGUGCCUCCCCCAGGAAUGGCCAUGCUUUGAAGACUGAAGUCCUUGUGAGAAAACACCGGCAGGAGAAAUCAGAGGAGAAAAGUCAAGAAGCAGCUUCAGAAGGGAUGCUGUCCAUUGAGAAAAAUGACAUAGGGAAGCCAGUAGGUCCCUUUCCUAUGAAGGUAGAUACAGAGGAUCAAAAAGUCACCAUGAAACCCCACCUGGAGGCUCCAGAAGGUGCCGUGUCCUCUGGGAUGAGAGGAGAUGCUGGGCCCUGGGAGACAGGAGAUGAUGAAGGUUCUGGAGAGAGAUCCUGCCCAGCGGGGGGCCAAGCUGCUAUGUCUCCAGGCUCGGAUGUAUCCAGGCGAGCAGAGACUUCAGGAGAUGACGCAUCAAUGGAAGGAACCGAGUCAGAGACUUCAGAAGCAUCUUCUGCAAAGCUUAAUGCAGGGAGGAGACGAGCCUUAAAAAGAGUCCUGUCUAUGCUGAGGCUCAAGAAACUGAAAAAGCAGAAGCUCCAGCUGAACGACAUCCUGGAAAUCACGGCAGAAAGUCUCAAGGACUGGACUCCUCACAGGCUGGAAGAUUUACCGUGGCAUUUUCUCAGAAACAUCAUGGCUCUGAACGGGACGGCCAGAAACACCAGCCUUGCACGUGAUCCAUCGGAGGACGACACAAGCGAGGAUGAGGAGGGUGACAUGGAAGGCAUAUUUUCCCUGCUGGACUCCACCACCGGAGAUUCGCUGCACCCCUUGGACGUGCUGUGCGCCGUCCUCCAUUGCUCAGACAGCUUCCUGCAACAGGAGAUCCUGUCCAAAAUGGCCAUGUGCCAGUUUGCCCUCCCUCUGCUGCUCCCACCCCUCGACACCCCCAAGUGCACCCUCCUGUUGUGGGCCAUGCGGGGUAUUGUGAAGAAGUGGAGGCCGCACUCGCUGGCCAAGAGCAGGGGGUUCAGAGAGGAGAGCCUGGUGCUUGCCCAGAUGCCAGUCAUUUCCUUCGUGCGGCUGGGGCCCUGCAGCCUCUCCAAGUCCAAGCUCCUCAACGAGGUGCUCAGCCCCACCCAGCAGCACCACGAUUUCUUUGUUCACCGGGACAUGGAGUCCGGGAACAUCCCUCGGGUAAUUGCAGAUGGGCUGGUUGAGAUCUCCUGGUAUUUCCCGCAGGGAAGGGAGAAUUCGGAUCUUUUCCCUGAGCCCGUCGCAGUGAUGAACCUGCGCGGAGACAUUAAGUCACACUGGCCACAGUUUAGCUUCUUGACGGAGGUCUCCUCCACUGUGUUCAUGCUGAUGGAGAGCAUUGAUGAGAGCCAAUAUGAGCUGCUGUCUUCUCUGCAUGGAUCAGCUACGAAAUAUUACUUCGUUUUGAACAACGAGGGUGGGAAAGCCAAACAGAUGCUAGGAUUCCUUAAUAAAUUAGCCCCAGCAUUGAAGAUGACCAAAGCACAGCUUCUGGUGAAAGAAAAGGGCACAAACAGCGCCGAGCUAGGGAAGAAGCUAGGAGGCACCUUGUCGCGCAUCAUGGACUCCUUUCAGAAGAUCACAAGCAUCCAGAGCCUAGCCUUGACUGCCCGGGAGCUGGGGAUCCAGGUGGAUGAGGAUGGCUACGAAUGCCGGAGGGCCAUGGAGUCCGUAGAUGAGAUCACAGUGGAAAUACGGGACGUGGCUGAGUACAAGAGGGAGAUGCUGAAGCUGCAAGGGGAGCUGUGGAAAAACCUGGCCAAGGUUGAAAAAGAGUUGUGUCGGAUGAAAGGGCAGAGGGACGUGCCACCCGAAGACUACCGUGCUCGUCUGAGGGGCGAGCAGGUGAAGCUCCGGGAGCAGCAGAACCAAUGCGACCUCACCGGAGGGAUGGUGAAGUUCAUCAACGUCAUCGGGCAGCUGCCUCCGGUGGAGAAGCAUCACUUCCUGAGAUGGCUGAAGUUUCGCCUGGAUGGCAUUGCCCGCGGGAACCUCUCCGGACUCAGGGCUAAGUACAAAGAGAAAUGUCGCACGUCGGGAAUCGAUGCAAGGGAGCUGGCCGAACUGGAUGAACUAAUCUCUGCCAGCUCCUUGGGGGUGGAGCACUUCAUGCGGGAGCUGGGGCAGUUCUACGAGGCUGAAUGUACGAUGGUCAAAGAAGGGAACAUGCAGCCUGCUCAAAGGCAGUUCAUCCAUCUGCCUGGCAUCGCAGCUGACCUGAUGCUGGAAGGAUUCCCCAUGGAGCUGAUCGAUGGAGAUGCCUCCAACAUCCCGCUGCAGUGGGUGACAGACGUCUUGAAUCAGCUGCAGGCCAAGGUGGGCGGAAAGUCUCGGAUGCUCGUGUUAACGGUGCUGGGGGUGCAGAGCACGGGGAAAUCCACCCUGCUCAACACCAUGUUUGGCCUGCAGUUUGCCGUGAGCAGCGGCCGAUGCACGCGAGGGGCCUUCAUGUCGCUCAUCAAGGUGGCAGAGUCCUUCCGGCAGGAGCUGGGCUGUGAUUUUAUCCUGGUGAUUGACACCGAAGGCUUGAAAGCCCCUGAACUGGCCAAACUGGAGGAUAGCUUUGAACAUGACAACGAGCUGGCCACCUUGGUGAUCGGGCUGAGUGACAUCACCAUCGUGAACAUGGCCAUGGAGAACGCCACCGAGAUGAAGGACAUCCUGCAAAUCGUGGUCCACGCCUUUCUCAGGAUGGGGGAGAUCGGGAUCAAACCCAACUGCCAGUUUGUCCAUCAAAACGUCAGCGACGUGUCUGCCCACGACCAAAACAUGAGGGACAGGAAACACCUCUUGGAGCAGCUGAACGAGAUGACCAAAGCUGCAGCAAGGAUGGAGAACCAAUGCCGGGAGAUGAAAUUUUCGGACAUCAUGGAUUACGACCCGGAGAAACACAACUGGUACAUCCCUGGGCUGUGGCACGGCGUCCCUCCCAUGGCUCCAGUCAACAUGGGAUACAGCGAAAGUGUAUACGAGUUGAAGAAAUACCUGUUUGAGUACCUGAGGUGCCAUUCCCACCCUGGGCACCUCAAGGACAUCCCUCAGUUCAUCCAAUGGGUAGCGAGCCUGUGGAACGCAGUGAAACACGAGAAUUUCAUCUUCAGCUUCAGAAACAGCCUCGUGGCCGAGGCUUACAACCAUCUGUCUGUGCACUACGCCAAGUGGGAGUGGGGUUUCCGCAAAGAGGUCCAUCUCUGGGUGUCGAAAGCAGAAACAGCCAUCCAGAACCAGUCACUGGACAACCACAGUCCGGACACCUUGGAGAAGCUGCGUUUAGAAGGCUACCAGCUGCUGUAUGAAGGGGAGCAGAGGACCCUGGAGAGUCUCCAGGGCUACUUUGAGAGUGGCACAGAGGGCCUGCAUCUCAUAGAAAAAUACAGAGAGGAUUUUCUCCAGAGCGCCAAGUUUCUUCGGCUUGAACUGGAGAGGUACUCGAUGCAGAAGUAUGAAGAAGCCAUUCACAUUCAGAGAGGCAGGAGCAGGAUAGAUCUCUUGCAAGCCAGCUACAUGAAAACCAUUGAAGGGAAGGUGGAUAAGCUUUUGAGGGCGUGCCAGGAGAGGGAGGGGGAGCUCACACCCAAAGAGCUGGAGGAGGAGUUCAAGCGAAUGUGGCGGACGACGCUGUCGGAGCUGCCUCUGGAGGGCUUACGGCCCUGCCACGUUCUUGAGGACAUGUAUUUCCAGCUGCAGAGAGACCUGCAGAACAAAGGCAGCAUGGUCAACCAGAUGUUGCACAAAGUCCAAACCUUGCUCACCUACCAGGGCCAGCUCUUCCAGAUGAAGAAGGAGCACCUGGACUUGUCUUUUAUCAAAGCCAUGUGUGAGGUUUUCACGCAUGAUUGCUGGCACAGAGCUGAAGACUUCUCCAAGGCUUUGAUGGACGAGUGCCGGGACUAUGUCAGGCAGAAAGUCCAGGCCCAGGGCGAUUAUGAUGAAAACUAUUGCAGCGAGCUUCUUUGGAUCAUCAAUUCAAGGCUGCAGGAAGAGGACAUUAGGAAACUUAAGACUACUCUGAGCUUUGAAGUUGACUUGAAGCUGCACAUAUUAGGGGAGGCAGCCGGUGCCUUCCAGAAGAUGCAUGAAGACUUCAUUAAGAAAAACGACCCUCAGCAUCGCCUGGAGAAGCUGAGGCCACAGUACUUCUCCACCUUCCGAGACCUUUACUACGAAAAAGAUGCCUGUCGAAAAAAGGCCAUUGAUUUCUGUAACCAGUGCCUGAGGCCUGCCUUGGAGGAAUACGUGAGGAAAAGACUUGGGAUUGAAAUAGUGGACGAUUUUCUCAGCAGCGGGCAAUCUCUGGAAUACAGCAGCCGGAGUUUCUUCCAGUUUACUGUGCAGAAGAAGCUCCUGGAGGAGAUGAACUUUGACAACUAUGUGAAGUACAUUAGCGACUACGAAGGCUUUGUCAAAACCUGGAUCUGGAUACAAUUGGUGAAUCGCUACCAAAUGAGCGAUGCCUUGGGGGAGCUGCAAAGAGACAUUUUAGAUGGAAUCAUAAAAAAAGUCCAGGAAGCUUUGCAAAGCUCUGAGCAUCGAGCUCCCCAGACGAUCUCGCAGUUCUUGGACCGCUUCUGCCAAGUGCUAGACAAAGAGUUAGUCCUCUCAAAGGACAGUUUAGACGUGAUCCUCUUCAAGAACACGGCCACCGUUGGGCAGUUCUCUGGGGACAUACAGAUGUUCCUCCCCCAGGUUGAAGAGAGCCUGCUCUCCAUGUGGGAGGGUGUCAGGGUGGACGGGACUCUCUCUCGCCUUCACUUCAAGCCCCAGGAUGAAAUUUUCAAGCGAGUCUUCGGCUGUGGGAAGCAGUGCCCAUUCUGCAAGGUCCCCUGUGAAGCAGGAGGCAAUGACCACAAGGAGCAUUUUGCAUCGGUGCAUCGGCCUAAAGGAUUGGGGAGAUACCGAUUUGAAACCACAAGCUGCCUGGUGUAUUCUUUGUGUUCCUCUGAUGUGGUUUCCACAACAAGUUUCAAAAACUGGGACACCAACUAUGAAUGGCACCCCUACCAAGCGUAUCGUGAGGUCUACCCUGACUGGCGCAUUCAGCCUGAUCCCAGCAUCGCUGCCUCUGACUACUGGAAGUUCAUCUUUGCCACAUUCAAUCGCAGGUUUGCCAAAGAGUACAGUGCAAAUCCAGCAGAUCUCCCCAAAGAGUGGUUGAAAAUCACCAAAGGCCAAGCUAUGGAUAGCAUCCAAGAGGCCUUCAACAUGCAGUAGAGCCUAGACCCUCCUCUGUAUUAGUGUGUUUUGUGAGCCAGAUUCUAGCACUGCCCUUUGCUUUGCCAAGUCAGAUUGCCUUUAUACGUGGUGUCGGAGGAGCUUUGGACCUGUACUAUUUCUUCAAUAGUAUUAGGAAAAAUAAAUAAAAGAAAAGCAGAAACUCUA